AUGGAUUUCCGGGUUCCGAUUCUCUUCCUCUGUGCGAUUGCCGUGUCAAGCUUUCCGUCUGGGUUCGCUUCAUUUUCCGUUUGCAAUUACGAAUUCGAGCUGUUCCAGUUCGAUAUAGACGCGAAAUGCCCUCCUUCUCUCUAUCCAACUCCUCCUAUCGAGCUAGAUGGAGACUCACUGGACAGGUUAAUGGCUUUGAACCAUGGAAAUGCUUAUAUGUCGGUACUCUUUUAUGCUUCAUGGUGCCCAUUCUCACGUGCUAUGCGCCCUAAGUUUGAUAUGUUGAGUUCCAUGUUUCCUCAAAUUCAGCACCUAGCUGUGGAGCAUUCUCAAGCACUUCCAUCUGUCUUUUCAAGGUAUGGUAUCCAUAGCUUACCUUCAAUCCUGAUGGUAAAUCAAACUUUAAAGGUGCGAUACCAUGGUCGAAAGGAUCUUACAUCCCUGAUUGAGUUUUAUGAGGAAUCAACAGGUCUCCAGCCUGUCCAGUAUGUGGCUGAAGCAGAACCAACAACAAGCUUAGACGCUACCGAUGGUAACCUGAUCACAUGGUUACGCAAUGGAACAUCUAUCAGUCAAAUAUUCAAACGAGAUCCAUUCUUGGUGCUAUCUCUGCUGUUUAUCUGUUUACAAGUGGCAAUCCUCGUCUUCCCCAUAGCAGAAUUACGCAUGAAAGCGUUAUGGGCUUCUUAUGUUCCGAAUCUGAACCUGGGAAGAUUUGGAGAGAUAAGCCAAAUGUUCAGCCGAGCUCUUCACAUGGUCGAUGUGAGGAGGCUAUGGUUGAAACUAAGACUCGUUAAAACAAGGAACUUCCGAGAAAGGGCAAAGAACGCGCAGGCAUGGGCUUCAUCGCUUGCAUCUGUCUCGCUAGGCCAAACUUCAUCAGACCAAUCAUGA